AGACUGCACGGCAAAAGAGGCAAUUCUGCUACAGCGGGAAGCGAUGCUAUGAGUGGAGUCACCGAAGGUUUUAGAACCUUACCGAGUUCUGGGAUGAAGUGGAAAGAUACCCUAAAGGAAGUGAAUUUGAGUUGAAAGCUAAGGGGGAAGUGCACCUGACCUGGAUAAAGAGAAGUGAAGAGACAGAAGGAACAAUAUAUGCAAAAGAUAGAGAUGUGAUAGAGAAACACAUUAGUUGAGUUUGGCUGAAAUGUAGUUGGAGGGAGAGUGAGUAGCAGGUGAGACUGAAGCGUUAAGCAGGGGCCAGGUCAUAUAGAACAUCGUAAGCCAUUUUAACAGCCUGAAUCUUAUUCCGAAAACAGUGGCCAGCCACUGAAAGAUUUUAAAUAGGAAGAGGACACAAUAAGACUUUCAUUUUCACACAUUCUUCGUUCCUGUGGAGAAAGGAUUGGAGAAGACCAAGGCUGACGGCAAGGACAUCAAAUAGGCAACUAUAGCAAUAAUGGUGACAAGAACUGGUAGUGAUCUAAACUGGAACUUGGCAGUGGGGAUGGAAGUGAACUGAUUAAAAAAUCAGUUAAGACUUAGGUACUGAGGGCUUGAAAGAGGAAUCAGUCAAAGAUAAGCCUCAGGUUUGGGGCCUAGACAACUGAGUGGAUGGUGAUGUCUGUCCUUAUGGCCCCAAGGACAGUGUCACCUUGGUCUACAGUCUGAAUACUAGGCUUGUCAGACUUUGUGGGACCAACUACUCUUUAGUCACCAUGCUGUUUGUUGACAUCAGUGCAUGCAUCUAUCUUCACAAAGGCACGUAGUGUGAGGGCAACUACCUUCAAAGUUGCAGUAUUGGCUUUGCCCCUACUUGUGGAAAGGUCGCUCGGUGGAUUGUAACUCCAAAAUCGUGGCUUCCUGGCCAUGGUGAUCUGGAUGACCUACAUUCUUUCGUUGCUUGGAGAAUGGGAAAUGCCGGGUUUGGUGAUAUCUCUUCCUUCAAAAAAAUGGAAGAGCUGAGUAAGAUUUUCUAUCACUGUCCUAUGAAAUCUUCAAACAACACAAGCCACUCAACAUCAAAAUGGUCUUCAGUGAAGAGACAAGCCCUUGCCUAUUUCUUUGCAAACCCACACUAUGGCAGCAUCAUUAAUGCAGACGGCCAUGCUGAAGUGUGGACAGAUUGGAAUAGUAUGUCUAAGUUUUUCCAGUAUGGAUGGAGAUGUACCACUAAUGAGAAUACCUAUUCAAACCGUACCCUGAUGGGCAACUGGAACCAGGAAAGAUAUGACCUAAGGAAUAUCGUGCAACCCAAACCUUUGCCUUCCCAGUUUGGACACUAUUUUGAAACAACAUAUGAUACAAGCUGUAACAACAAAAUGCCACUUUCAACACAUAGAUUUAAGCGAGAGCCUCACUCGUUCCCAGGACAUCAACCUGAGCUGGAUCCUCCUGGAUACAAAUGCACAGAAAAGUCAACUUAUAUGACUAGCUACUCAGACCCUCAAAUUGGGCAUGACUCUGCGUGUGUGUGGAAUCCUAAUAACUGCCGACUUAAGGAGCCAGGAUUCUAAGAAGGAAUAAGAGGCUUCAUUUUUCCAGAAUAGAUUGUAGGAGGGAGCAUAUUCUAAGCACAACUAAGAAUCUAGCUGAUGAGAGCACAAUUUCACAGUCUGAAUAAAGAAAGCACGGAGAAUAUGCCCUACCCCCUUUUUUGUUUGUCCUAAUCAAGAUUUAAAUGUCAAAUUUAAGUUCGUUGCAUCUGCUCUUAGGUCUACAUUACGAGGUAGUAGGAGAAGAUUCAAAAGAAGUAUUUCAAAUCUGCAACCACUUUGCUUUUCCCUGCCUUCCAUUCAUGGCAGACCUGCAAAAUCCAGCAUAAGGUUAUGUCUGGCUAGAUGCUUCCUGAAUGUGAGCCUGGCAUUCACAGUCAGUGUAACUUCUUUGUGACCUUAGUGAACAUCUCCUCUUAAGAACUAGAAAAGGAAAAACAACUUUUUAAAAAUAUUAUAGUGAAUUUAAAACGUGCAAAAUUAGAAUAGUCUAGUGAACUCCCAUCACCCAGUGUGCACGAUUUGACCAGUCUUAACUAUUCCUAUCUACUUUCUCUAUUUUUUAAAAUUAAUUUUGGAGCAGAUCUCACAAAUUAUACCAUGUUGUCUGUCAAGAUUUCAGUAUGUAUCUCAAAAAGAUAAGGACUGUAGGUUUUUUAUUCCUUCACAGAGACCAUCACAGAAACCUCCUCAUCAAACAAAGCUGAGUUUCUAAGCCUGCAGCAAACAAGAGCAAGUUGACAAAAUCUUGGAGAGAAUUCAAAAGGGGAAUGUUGUGAGGGGUAGGGGGUAUCUUUAGAGACUUGGGGUUACUUUAAGAUGGGUCUUGCAAAGCGGGAACUGGUAGGGAUUGAGACAAGAUUUGGGACUAGUCCAGGGUUAGUGUGCACAGGGAGGAAAGAGUCUACAUUUUAAUCCAGUUAAACUUAGCAAUAUUUUACUUUUUUAUUUUGUUUCCUGUUUAUUAUGACAAUAUAACAUAUGGGAGAGGUCUCCCAUAUAUUUCCUCCCAAACCUUAAUUAUUUUAUGUUACAGACACAGAUAUGGAAUUUACAUCGUAUGUGUAUAUGUAUAUAGUUAGGUCGUAACUAAGUUUCCUUUUUUUCUAUGUGACUGUCCAGUUUUCCCAGCAUUAAUUAUUGAAAAGACCAUACUUUGUCCACUGCUCUCCUGUGCCAUUUGUAUUGUAAAUCAACUGUGUAUACUUAGACCUCUUGCUGGCUAUUACAUUCCAUUGGCCUGUCAUUGCAUAUGCUAGCUUAGCCACAAUGCCUCUCUAUCAUAAUUAUGAUAAUUUUGUAAAUCUUAAUAUCUAAUAAAUCAGAUAAUUU